AAGAAAGGAAAAACUCCAUUAAAAACCUCCAGGCUCUCCUCCAUGUUAGAAAUGAAAUGGAAAAUGGAGUGGAUUUAACAGGAAUCCCAAACUGGAGGAAGAGAGACACGAAUGAAAGCUGCAGGCUGCUGAUAUUUUUCAAGUUGCAAUAAAUACUGAGAAGUCCAGGGCAGGAUGAGGAUUUCCUGACUCGGAUGAACGAGAAAGGACAGAGCACUUUUUUUUUUGUUAUAUUCCUCUCUGUGUAUCGAAUUUAUUCACCUCGAUGCUUCUCUUGACUGAUCUGUCCUGGGAGCAGCAAGAGCAGCGGCAGCAGCAGCAAGAAUGAACUGCAAGGAAGAUGACAACUGCACUGACGGGAGCAGCGGUAACGCGAAGAAGAUGUUAAAAUGCGUGGUGGUUGGGGAUGGUGCAGUUGGGAAAACCUGUUUGCUGAUGAGUUAUGCCAAUGAUGCCUUCCCAGAGGAGUAUGUCCCCACUGUGUUCGACCACUAUGCAGUAACUGUGACUGUGGGAGGACAACAACACUUGUUGGGACUGUAUGACACUGCAGGGCAGGAGGACUACAACCAGCUGAGACCCCUCUCCUACCCCAACACGGAUGUGUUCCUGAUCUGCUUCUCUGUGGUGAACCCUGCCUCAUACCACAAUGUACAGGAGGAGUGGGUGCCUGAGCUGAAGGUCUGCAUGCCCAACGUGCCCUAUGUCCUCAUAGGAACCCAGAUUGAUCUCCGAGACGAUCCUAAGACUUUGGCUCGGCUGCUUUACAUGAAGGAGAAACCACUCACCUACGAGCAUGGAGUGAAGCUAGCAAAGGAGAUUGGAGCACAAUGCUAUCUGGAGUGCUCAGCCCUCACACAGAAAGGCCUUAAGACUGUCUUUGAUGAAGCAAUCCUGACCAUUUUCCACCCCAAGAAGAGAAAGAAGCGCUGUGCAAAGUGCCACUGCUGCUGCACCCUUGUGUGAAGUCACUUGGAAAGAAAAGAGAGUUGAGUUCCACGAAAUCAAGCAGGUUAGAAGGGCAAUGAAGGUCACAUGCAACUGAAAUGGGGAACGUGACCAGAAAAGGGUCCUUCUUGCCCAAACAGGAGCCCUCAGUUCUGUGAAACCUCCAAGCUGUAUCACACUAGGCCAGCUCCUGUCUAUGUGUUUUCCUAACCCUCCAGAGCCACACGCAGUCUGUUCCCACUACUGCCAACAGAAACCAGGAUGUCUGCUCCUGCUUGACUCCUCACCUUAGGAAUAAGGUCCAGGUGCUGUGUGGGGAAAAAAACUCCAAAAACCAAAGAACUAAAGGUUGCAAAACAAACAUGAGAAACUCUAUUUGUGGCCUUAAGCAAGAACUGAUCAAAAUUAGGGUUUUGCAGUACUUAGGAAUUGAAUCUGAAUUGACUGAAAGCACGUGGAGAUCUGUAGAAAUCCAAUAUGUAAGAUAUACACUAUAGGUAGGCUGUACUUUUAAAUUACUUUUCUUUUAUAAGACUCACUAUUUCAGGAUACACUUCAGUUUGUUCAAACCACGUGGAAGCAAAGGUGGUGUGAUUCCAGUUUGUUUUCACUUCAUGGUGAAACUUCACAAUGUCAGUAUGUUGCUGCAUCCAAAUAAUCAAAAUGGAUCAACAUUUACCUCCAGACUUAAGGAAUGUUCUUACAACAACAACAACAACAACAACAAAUGCAAAGAACUAUGUUUUACCAGGAGAAUGUUCAGACUGAGCCACGCUUCCAUAAGCUGGGAAAGGAAGAACAGAGUUGUAGCAUCAAUGUACUGAAACAAAUUCUGCCACCAAAGAAUAUCGCCCUAGAUGUGAAAUAGCUGCGUGGAACAAUCCCUCUUCCAAACUGAGAACAUGAACAAGACACAUUGCCAUGGCAACUGAAAAUUUACCCUGAGGAUGAGCUGCAUUUCUACAUCUCACCUGGCAGACAAAAACAGCAAAGACCAAAAAGCCAGAGGUCACACUGACUUCAGGUGCUUUAAAGUGACUCAGUUGCCUUAAGAUUUUUUUUUUUAAUGGAAUAUCUCAUGUAAAAAACUCAUCAAAGUAGGGUUGUAAACAUGCUGAUUUAUUGUAGUCUCAUUCCUCCCAUUCUUUGCUUCCUUCAUUGCUCCUGUUCUUCUAUCUUCAUUAUUGUGAUGGCUGUUAAAGUUGCAGCAUAGCUGCAGCCCUCAGGAAUGAACUAUCACAGGAGUUACAGGUGAUGGGCUGCAGCUGACAGCACAGUGAUGGGAAGUCCAGACCUUAAGGGAAGGGAAGCUGCCUGUUAUCUCUCUUUGAAGAAAGCAUGCCUUUUCACUAAAGCCUCUCCAGGGAGCCUGUAGUUUUGCACAUCACAGCAGCAGACAACUCAGAGGUGAACGGGAAGGGAGUCUUGUUACUUGCAUCUGCCUUCAGGUACCCUGGCAAUGCCACGAGACUCUUGUUAUGGAUUUCAUUCCCCAAGCAGGAAAUCACAGUGCCAGCAAAUAGAGAUUUGAAGACCUUGGAUGUCACUCCUUGCAAAAGCAGGGUCUGUAGCCAGUGUUUCCAGAAGUGCCAGCAGUGAGCAGGUAAUAACAGUGCACCCUCCCAGCCCAGGGACAUGUGCCCUCCUGCAUCCUGCUCCAGGGUCUGCCAGCCCACUCCUCUGCACAAGCCCAGCAGCAUCGCUGAGCACAACCAUGUAAUCAGGAAAACUCUCAUUAUCAGUAGUGAAUUACAGGGCUGGUGUCAUUUGGAGCAAUUUGUGAUGUCAGCAGGAUUGUAGGAAAUGCACCCAUGGCACAGAGACUGGAACAAGCGUGAUGCAGUGCCCAGCCUUGAAGUCCUUGAGGAUUAGGGAUCCAAAUUCCUCCUUCAGCACAAAUUCAGUUUACCUUGGACACCUACAGAAACCAGCUCUGACACUCCGAAAGGUUUUGAUGUAGAAAUAGCCAGUUCUCUCUGAAAAACAGUGAACAAAUUGGAGGCAAACACCCUGUUGCUGUUACACAGACAGCUUUCACUCACCCUCUCUUUCCUGCUGCACGCAAGCACGAAUGGAAACAAAUUCAUGCUAAAUCAAAGACAGACAAAAGAAAGAUUUCCUCACUGCUGGCAUCCUUUGUGCAUAUUUCAUAUUUGGUGUUAUUAAGUCCCAGCCAUUUGCUUCAGCUGGACUGGUUAAUAAAGCACAGCUCAGAGCAAGGACAGAGCUGAAGCCCAACAAAGGAGUUCAUGUCAUGCCACAGAAGCUGUGUUGCCUUCCCCAGGCAAAACAGUGAGUAUCUGCACAGCUGGGAUGCUGGCAAGCAGCUGAGCUAUAAUGUGUACAGAGAUAUUAAGAGACAUUGAUGAAAGCUAGGAGUGGAUUAGAUAAAUAAAUAUGCAGGUAAGCUUUUGUUGGCUUACAACCUGACUAGAAGUCCACUGAAAUCAAACCAAGAAAAGCUUUCAACAGAUUUCAGAGAAAAUUGGAGCUUCAACUGUGAUGCCAUUUACUUCAGUGGAAACAAAAUGGGAUGAUUACUUUGUUUCAGUUCAUGUAGACUGCUACCCUGUAUACAAGACUGGUUAAAGUAAGUGAAGUCUGUUUCAGCCGAAGUGCAAUGUGAACACUCAGGUUGGAGCUGCCAGGUAUUCUUAAAGCUUCACAAAAUAUGGAAGAAAUAGAAAUCCAGACUGACAGCUGAGCUUACCAGGAAAUAAGGAGCAUGCUGGAGAAGUGCAAUAUAGCAUUGCUGGCACGUAGCAGAGAAACAAAAGCAAAUGGUCUUUCUGCGUGCUACUGAGUAUCAGGGGUGUCUGUUAAUACUAAGGGGAUGGUAUAGAAUAGGCAUAUAAAAUCAAAAACCAAAUAGCAAGCUGUAACUGCAGUGAUUUGAGGAAGAUUUACUCAAAAACGUAUGGUGAUGUAGAAGCUAAAAUGCUACUGUCCUAACAUAUUAAGCUGCAGCACCCUGCAGAGAUCAUUGCAUAACAGCAGAAACAGAUAGAAAAGCACUAAAAUACACACCAAAAAACCCCCUCAAUGUUAAGACUAACCAGGGGUUUAUUAGCACUUACAGAACCAAGCAUACAAAGUUUUUCAGGCAGUAAAAUUUCAAGUUUUUCAAGCCAGUUGUGACCAAAACUUGACAUCUGGGAUCUGUAUGGGAGGAAGAGUGAUCACAACCCACUGAGAAAUGGCCUCUGCACUUCAUAUGGUUUUGACUUCUCUUCUAACCAAAAAAAUAUGUUAAUGCCAGUCCCAUAAACUUUAUUAUGUGUACAUAAACAUAGGUUAUGUACACACACUUAUCCACACAAUGUGGCACCUACCCAAGGAUCUGCCCUGUUACACUAUUACUUUGGGGAGGCCAACUGGCUUUUGAAAGGGAUUGUAGUCAGAUAUAAGGAGACUCAUUGACUAUCUGGCAAGUCAUACCUAAUACCUUUUCUAAACAUCAGCAGAUGAUGUGUGAACAGCCAGCAAAGCCUAUUUUCAGAGGUAUCAAAACACCAGACACAGCACAAGCACAACAGGUAUAAACUUUGAGUUAUUUUCAAGGACCAUUAGUAACAAGAAAAGAAAAUCAAUAAAGAGUUACCAGGUGAAAGGAGAUGGGUUUUCUGACUGAAAGAUGAGCCUGAAAUCAGACCCCGAUUUCACCUUCAAAGGAAUACGAUUAGGAGUCAUAAAGACUAUAAACCAUCCCAGGAACCUAUUUGACAAUGUCCUCUUAAUGCAACUGAUGUCAAAACCUUUCCUGAUAGAGCUGCCUUUGGUAAUAGUCUGGUAUCAUUUCAAAAGCACUCACAACUUACAAGAAAUCUGCUAAACCCUGUAAAACCCAUCUCCUUUGGCCUCUUCUAAAACCUUAAUAUUCUACCAGGAGUUGUUAACCUGAAGUUGUAGUUUCAGAGUUCCCAAAGGGUUUUCAUGCCAACUCCUGCAAGGAGAGUAGAGACACAGCAGGUAGUAGAGAAAUCUCAGGACAUUUGUGAUAUUAGUUAUUAUCACGUGAAAACAAUCUAUAGAUGCCUCUGCCCCUCAGAGUGCUGCUGAACACCAGGCCAAUGGAAAUGGGGCAAUCUAGUGCUACGUCACCACUUCCAGCAUGACAUGAAGAGGUCCCACAAAGACUUACAUAGUUUGUCUUGUGCCUCCAAGAGCUCAGAAAAGUUGGGCAGAAUGAAGAAACAAGGCUCUAAUACCACACAAGUCCAUCCAGGAACAUUUGUUCAAGAGUAUAAGCCCCAUGUGCUUAUAUCCUCCAGAGGAGCAGGGAGCAAUUCUCAAGAUGAGCUCUUCCCAAUUGUCCUAUGUUCUGUGUCCUAUGUGCCAAAUGCUCCCAGAUCUUCCCUCUCUGCCCAGUAAAUCAUACACUAUAAUAAUACAGUAAGAUGCAACUUAUGAAGAACAGCCAACUGCAAACUCUUGCCUUAUGUUGUCUUGAACUGGACAUGAUGUAAAGCUUUCCCUCGACUUCUACACGCUCUGGUCCUGAUGUAAAUCUUGCUGAACUGCAGAAAUCCCUCUAAGUCCAGCAAGGCAAUCAAAACAAUUAUUUCAGCAGCUGCCAUGGAUAUUUCUCAUGGUUUUUGUCUUCCAAAGCACGGCUCCAGUUCAAAAUAAAUACACAAUUAAAUGUAGCAUUGGUUCUUAAUAAGCAAUAAAGUUACUCCAAAUACUCUUAUUAAGGAGCUAGAUUUUGGCAGUCUUCCUUAUAUUGAAGAGUAUCUUACUCCACAAGGAACUAUCUCAAACUUCCUCACCUCUCAUCCAGCCCCAAUGAUGGAGACUGAAUGUGGUCAUUGCUGAGCUGCCUUUGUAGCUACCAUAUGACAAAACCUCUUCCAGAUGCUCUAGUGUUGGUGGCCUGCAUUCCAAAAGGAGUGAUUUUCCUAUUGCCCACCCACUGUGCAAAUUCACCAGGUGUUCCACCAUGCUCAGCACCACAAUGUCUGCUAUCUCAAAGGAAGCAUGGUAGAAAAGAACCAGUGAGUUGGGAGAGAAGAUAAGCCUUGGACAUACUGCUCCACAAACCACAAAGGACUCCCAGAGAAUCAAUGGCUGCAAUAUAGAUGUAAGCAAGUGGGAAAAUCACCGUAGCAAACCAAGAGCAACAGGGAACAAAUAUUUCAGUGAAUGUUGACAGAGGUGCAUGUCAUGGACUUCACUUCUCAUUGACAGGAAGCUGUAAAACCUUCACCCAAGAUACUGUCCCAAGACUCCAAAGACCCAAUUUGAGAACCCUUUACAGGAGCUUGGAAAAGGUUGCAGAAGUUCUUGCAAACAAUUUCUCGUGCUACCUCUCCUCAUCGCACCCAACCUCCUACAUAUACAGUUAUAUGUGUCUCACAGAUGUAUUUUAAUCAUGCAAGCUGCCACAUCCUUACAAAAAUGUCCCUUCAAUUUGGACAUGAAAGAUGACCAUUUGCUUACCCUUCAUGACUUUUUCUGUGGCUUUUUUCCCAGAUGACAGAGCAAUUACCUCUUGAUUCACCACACUGAAAUUUCAUCUGGAUUAAAAGUACAUCACAAUGGCAUCAAUCUGUCUUGAGCCAGGCUUGUUUAAAAGCACUUAUCUCUUCUCCAGCAAACCAAUCAACAUAUACUCAAGUUGGCCCAGGGACCAUUUGUUUAAUAGACAGGUAGAAUGCAGGAAUCUGUCUGCAUGCGCCUUUGUCUCUGUACGUUCCUUUUCCCUUAAGAGGAUUCACGUGGCUUAUCUUAUAUCCUACAUUUAAGACAAGAAAAGAAAAGAGAGAGAAACAAAUCUGGAAAUAACAGAACAUUUUGGUGGCUGACAACUCUACAGGACUGGAGGAGCAUCUGCUGUGACAGGAGGUGAGCGUGGAGCGACCUACGUCAGAAAACUUCCAGACACGUUUGAGCUCUACGUAAAAAUGAAGACAAAUGUCUACCAUGAAUGUUUAUUUUCCUCUGACUGAAUAAAGGCCCUCUGAAAACAGGAAAGAGCCUCCCACUGAUUUCAAUAGUGGCUUGUGAUCCCAGCUGUUUUCACCUGUGAAAACAAAACAUGAAUAGAAAUACGUUUGCAUCAAAAAUUGGGACAAAAAGACCAGUUAGAAGUAAUGAAUGCAAGACAAUGGCACCUACACUUCUGCAUUGGGGGACAACUGAAAAAUCAGAGCUCAGAGACACAAUUAGUCAGUUUCAUUUUAAAGCUUAAUAUUUUUUUUAAGAUGAAAGAGGAUGCCCAUAACUAGAAUGAAAAAAAUCUUCACAUUCUCUUUUCUUUGUUUCAGUUAAAGCUUUCAGCAACAUGUGAAUAAGAAUCUGUUUUUCCUGGGCAGUUCCAGGAACCCCACCAGAACAGCAAAAAGAGUUUAGAACCCUGUUGCAAGAGGAAAAUGAUCUCACAAAUCCACGUGUCACAAAGCACCUCACAAACAUCACAUCAGUUGCUGCCAUUGGUGAAAAAUCCCUGUAACUUGGAAAAUACGUUAACAAUGACUUUGAGCACAAUCCUCACUCCCUUCCAGAGCAUGCAGAUCAUAACACAGUGUUUGGCUGCUUCUUCUCACUAUAAUUUUAGGGUGGGAUUGUCAAAGAUGCUGCAAGUUGGCUUCAUUCCAAUUCUUGCAGAGACAAUGGAAAAUUUCAACGGGGUCCACACAUGACUAAUGUGGAAAGCAUUUCAGAGGCUCUACGUUUCCUCCUUUUCUGCCCUUUAUUAUGCCUGACCAAGCUUUGAGCACACAGAUACACUGAGACAGGUCCAAGAAUCUUUUAUACCUUUUGGCUGCUGGUUGUGGUCUCCUGAAAGAAGUCAGGCAUCUGGAGACUUUGCUGAUCUGAUCUUUAGCUUGAGCUUUAGAAGCUGGGUUUGUAACUCCUCGUUUCAACGAGAUGAAAAUUAUUAUAUUAAGGGUGUAAUAUUCAAGACAAAUAUGUAUCUUUGUUGAAUUGGAAACUACACUCAUUGCUGUCAUUUAAUUUCAUCUUAUCCCAUUCAGGAUGCCAGAUUUAAUUUUGCAUUUGGUUUUGCUAACGAUCAGUUUGAGCUCUCACCGACACCAGCUCUGCUGAAUUUUGACUUUGAUCAGAAGUUAAUGAAUUCAGAGCAAAUUGUUGUCACCAUUCUACAGUUUCAAGACCUUCCAAUACACAACAGCUAUUUGUACUGAUAACAUGUAGAAAUUUUUGUCUGAUGUCUGUCAAAGAAGUUUGUGUGUAAGCCAUAUCCAUAGUGUGACUGUCAUAUCGUCUCUUCCAUCGCUUUUCCCUAAAACAGGCAGCUGCUCCAACUGCAUUACUGAACUGCACUGCCAGUGUGGAGUAAAGGAGCCCAAACUUUCCCCAAACUUGUAAAUAUUAAUCCAUUAAUCAGCAAUAACAUAAAGCUGUGUGAGAGGGGAAAGACACGGUCAGAGUCUUCUUCACUCACAAGCAGAAGUGACCUUAGAUGGUAAGUCCAGGUUGCCAGGUGGGAAAUGCCACAGAGCAAAGCAGAGCACGGUAUCCAUGCUGGAAUGAGCCUGGCAGAAAGGCUUGGAGGUGCCUUUGUGGAGUCACACUGGGAUACCUGAGGCUCAGCAGCACCUUGAGACCGGGAGGGCUUCACAGAAGGCUGCAGAGAGGAGCGGGGAGAUGGAUCUAAACUGUCCUCAAGUGCAAGGAUAACUGAAUCCAGUUUUACCUGUAAUGAUGUUGAUGCACUGGCCAAAUACAAGCAUUUCACUUCAAAGAGAUUCUCUGCUCCCCUGAGAACACAAGAAGAAUAUAUCUUUCCUUUCUUUUUGCAUAGUACUUCAGCAAUACUUAAAAGUAACAGUGCAACGAGUUAUUCUGAUUGAAUUUGUGAAGCAGAUAUAAUGACCUCAGCACAAAUCAGGACCUAACACAUCAUCAGUCAGUUCUUAGCAAGUUAAGUAAAAGAGUCAUCUACUUGAAGUGAGAAACUGAUAUUUUCUCUCUUAAAAGUUGCUAUGUGCAAUAUGGCUGGAGUGUGGGACUGGUCAAACCAAAGGAUGGGAACUAAAACGUUAUGUCUGAUUUUUGAGUGGCAUAUCUUUUUUUUCAGAGACUAGACAAAUCUACAUAACUCAUGUCAAAGCAAUAAAGUUUGAAAUCAAGGAAAUUAGUUCUUCCUGCAAUUUAGUUUUGCAUAGUUUAAAAAUCAUGUAAACAGCAUUAGUUUCCUAUUUACAGCACAUGAUUCUGUACUCUUUUGCUUGUCCUCUCUUAAACAUUGUAAUUACUGUAUAUGGUAACUGCACAUUAAUACCACUUAAUGUACAUAGUUUAUUUUAACAAAAUAAAUGUAUUACUAAGUGUUUUGACAGCACCA